AUGGCUGCUAUUGUUUUGCUUAAAACAUUUAACAGAUACCAGCGUUAUCUUCGCAUUGCAGGACAUCCCGAUUUACCACAAAUGAAAAAUAUUCAAGUUGAAUACAAAGAUGAUAUUGCCGUUGUUAAAUUUAAUCAAGAAAAUUCGAAAGUGAACACAUUAUCAAAAGACUUAAUGAAUGAAUUUUCUCCAUUAUUUCAACAUUUACAAAAUGAUAGUAAAGUAAAAGGAAUUGUUCUUAUGUCAAGUAAACCAGGAUCAUUUAUUGCUGGUGCCGACAUCAAGUAAGAAUAUGAUUUCAGCAUUCUAAAUCCUUUUUCAAUCAAUCUGAUUAGUAAUCUAGUUUCUCUACGUGUAAAAUAGUUUUCUUCAAUAAUAGUUUGCUUGAGUGUAUUAAAAAUGUCAUAAAUAUUAUUCAUUUGACUUAUUAAUAUCUUUGAAGGUGUGUUUAUGAUGCUAGAAACUCUUUUAAUAAUGUCCAAAAAUUGUGGUUUUUUUUUGGUCAAUGGGUAUCUAGAUCUUAGUUACAAUAUAUUUCAUUUCAACUUUUAUUCUACAUAAACUAAAAUUAUAUACGCAUAUAAGAUGUUGUGUAACAUUUAUAAUCUGUUAUAAGUUUCUUUUUCUGUUCAUAAAUAUUUCAUUAGAUUUUAAUUUGGCAGUGACGAGGGAACCGACUUAAGUGUCAAAUUCUGUUUUCAAUGAGAUCUAGUGAAUUAUAGGUUAUCGACUAUGCUGAUGCCGAAUAUGACCAUGGCAAUUGCCUAUAGAUCAUCAGAGACUGUUUAUCUGGAAAACC